AUGCCACUUGCUUCUCAUAUGGACAGACAGGUGCUGGAAAGACCUAUACCAUGAUAGGAACUCAUCAGAACCCAGGACUGUAUGCUCUGGCUGCCAGAGACAUCUUCAGACAACUGGAAGUGUCCCAGCCAAGAAGGCAUCUUUUUGUUUGGAUCAGCUUCUAUGAAAUCUACUGUGGACAGCUUUACGACCUUCUAAAUAGAAGAAAGAGGCUCUUCGCCAGAGAAGAUAGCAAGCAUGUAGUACAAAUAGUGGGACUGCGAGAGCUUCAGGUGGAUAGCGUGGAGCUCCUCUUAGAGGUGAUCCUCAAGGGCAGCAAGGAGCGCAGCACCAGGGCCACUGGAGUUAAUGCAGACUCCUCCCGCUCUCACGCUAUCAUCCAAAUUCAGAUCAAAGAUUCAGCCAAGAGGACAUUUGGCAGGAUCUCUUUCAUUGACUUGGCUGGCAGUGAAAGAGCAGCGGAUGCCAGAGACUCAGAUAGACAGACAAAGAUGGAAGGCGCGGAAAUAAACCAGAGUCUUCUGGCUCUGAAGGAAUGUAUCCGUGCAUUGGAUCAGGAACACACCCACACUCCUUUCAGGCAAAGCAAAUUAACUCAGGUGCUGAAGGACUCUUUCAUUGGCAAUGCCAAAACCUGCAUGAUCGCCAACAUCUCACCAAGCCAUGUGGCCACUGAACACACUCUGAAUACUUUGCGCUAUGCUGACCGGGUCAAAGAACUAAAGAAAGGCAUUAAAUGUUGUACUCCAGCUAACAGUCGAAAUCAAACAUCUGGAAACUCUUCUAACUCUUCUCCAAAACGAAUUCAGAGCUCUCCUGUGGCCCUGCCAGGGGACAAAUGUUCUCCCAAAAAAGUCAAGCUGGGGCUUCAGCAGCCGCUCACAGUGCCAUCUGGUUCCACAAGAGGGAAGGCCCAUCCUCUGGCUAGUCACCCAGCCAAUAUCCCUUUUGCUUCUGUACCUAAGGUUCCUGGCAAAGAGGGUGGCUCUCGAGGGAGUCCUCCCCGAGAGUGGGUCAUUCAGACUAGCUCUAGCAAAGGAUGUGUGCCGUCUGGACACGUAGCCAUAAAAAGGGCAGAAGAAUCAGCUGCAUUAUGCUCUAAGAAAAACCCAGUUGGCAACAAAACCGCCCUAGGCUGGGGAAGCAGGGCGCCAGGCCCAGGAGGGGACCUGGUCCGUGGUCAGCCACCCUCCCGGUGCAAGAAAGUGCAGACUGUGCAGCCAGUGCAGAAGCAGCUUGUGUCACGAGGCGAGCUCUCCUUUGGCAGCGCCCACCGCUUAGCGGAGUAUGGUCAGGGCAGCAAGGAGGGCACACCUAGCCGGCCUGCCUCUGAAGCUUGGACCAGCAACAUCCCUGCUCGUCAGAAGGAGCGGGAGGAGCAUUUGCGCUUUUAUCACCAGCAGUUCCAGCAGCCACCUCUCCUCCAGCAGAAGUUACAGUACCAACCCCUGGAAAGGUUUUUAUGCCGGUCCCGGCCCCCAGAGGGGCAGCUUCAGAACGACAUCCCUUCUUCCUUCCACCCUCAUCGUGCUGAGAGUCAUGAUGGAGCCCAAGUCCCCCAAGCGGAGGACCCUGAUGACAGCGACUUCAGUGAAGAUUCUUUUUCACACGUCUCCUGUCAAAGGCCCAGAGAGCAGGGAAAGAAUCAGGAGAACAGUGGAGGCUCGUUCUUCCUUCAUCAGAGGGAGCAAGGUCCUGAGGAGCGGGUGGCUGAGAGGCAGCAGAGUCUGUUUUUCAGCCCAGAUGGUGACAAGGAGGGUGUAACUGGAAGCUGGGUCUACUCCCAGGACCCCGCAGGCCACAGAAGGAUAGCACUUGAUCACGGCUGCAGCCCAGGUCAGGUGCCCUUGGACUGGAGCAGAGAGGAGGACUCAGACCUCUCAGGGCCUCCUCCCAGAGAAGACCUGGCAGGGAAGCCUUACUGCUCACAGGUAGACUCUGUAUAUGGUCGGGGAAGAGGUGGCGGCCCUGCUUUUGACCUCAGACAGGAAGCCUUCAGAAGUGAGGUUCCUGGGCAGGCCGAGGACAGCUUGCCAUCCCUGGGGGAAGAUGGUUUCGCUUGCUCACUAUCCCACAUCGCAGUUCCUGGGUCCCCAGACCAGAGAGACACAGUGAGCACACCCCUGAGAGAAGUCAGUGAAGACAGCCCAACUCUGGAGACCAGAACAAUGAAAGACAGUAACCCUUUCCAAGGAGAAGACUCUAAAGGUGAAUUAGGCACGAGCUCUGAGUAUGCUUCUGGACUGAUGGCUCCGCUCACCAUGUCCCUCCUGGAGAGCCUGGAUGAUGGGGGCCCUCCUUCCUGGGAGCAGCCUGCCCAGGAUGGAACUGCGCGUGGUCUCGUGGCAGCAGACACAGAGGGGCCAGCAGUGGGCCACACAGUGUCAUCGGGUGAUCCAGAGGCAGUCCCGCCAACGUCUUCGGCAGCUGAGCACCUGUGGCUCUCCUCAUCUCCCCCCGACAACAAGCCUGGGGGCAGUCUUCCAGCUCUGUCCCCAUCACCCAUCCAUCAGCACCCGCCUGACAAGCUGCCCGAUGGGGAGGCUGACCCGGGGGAGGCCUGCCAGAGCAGAGACACCGCACUCUUCUCCCGGGGGCACUGUGAUGCCAAUGUUGAGACAGAGCUGGACGGCUCCCAGGGUUUCCUGGGAAAGCCCUUCCUCACCUUACAUCCUGGAGGACCUCACGUUGGGCCUACACUCACCCCCCAAGCAGGAAGUAGUAAUGUGGCUGACCAGCCCUGGGCCCAGGAGAGAAAGCAGCUGACAGGGCCCAGUUGGCCGGAACUGGGUUUCUCCACAGACCCCAUCACACUGUCUUGCUACAAUGAGGGCAUUGCAUGGCUCAAACAUAGGCCAAUCCCAAGGCCCUUAGCAAGGCCAGGCUCUCCCCUGGUGGCCAGCUGCUCUCCCAAGACCACCAGGACACUCCGUCAGCCUGCCCUGGGGCAGGCACAGCAGGUCGUCAUCCAAGCACACCGGGAACAGCUGGAUGAAAUGGCUGAGCUGGGCUUCAAGGAGGAGACCCUGAUGAGCCAGCUGGCUGCUACCGAUUUUGAAGGUUUUGUGAUCCAGCUAGAUGAAAUCAUGGUUCUAAAGUCCAAGUGCAUCCAGAGUCUGAGGAGCCAGCUACAGCUAUACCUGGCCUGCCACAAGCCAGCUGCAGGCCCCGAGAGGACAGCGGUGUCUUAGAGUUGGUAUGGGGUGGCUGGGCUCUCAAGAGCUGGAGGGGCCUCCACCAGGUGCCCCUGCAGAUCUCAGCACCCGUCUUGUCCUGCCAUGCUGUUCUCUCACCUCUCAUGGCCUGGGCUGGGUCCCAGCUCCUCUCUGAGCCGAGCCUCUGUUCUUUCCAAGCACAGGGGCUUCUGCAAGGAAGGACCGAUGAGCCUGAACAACUUCUAAUGGGUCUCUCCCUUCUCUUUGGGGUUGAGGAUGUGUGUUACUGACCCUUUGUGGAAACACAGUUGGGUCUAAUAACCCUGUAGAUGUUUCUGAAUUGGGGGAUCUGAGGAUGGGGGGAUGGUCAGCGGUAACCUACAGGUUGGAGGUCACAAGCUAGGGGAGAUAACAUGCUGAGCCUAGAGGUUUUAUCCUCUGGAUUCUGUGCCUUCCUCCAGGACUUGGUCAAAAACUAAAACGUGGGUGCUAGUGGGGUGGGGGCUGGGUGAGAUCUGCCCCACCAGCCCUUGGGAGAUUGAUUUGGGGCUUUAGCUUUUGAAAAUGUAAAAUGAAUAAACCUUAACUGGAUGUCUUUAACAGGA